CCCCGCCUCCUCCACAGGGCCACGUGAUGCAGUAGUAAUUGACAUGUCGUCAUCAAGGCGCAUUACCUUCAAGCAACGGAUUGUCUUCUUUGUUUGACCUGCCACUACACAUACUAGCUGCAGCAACGGCUUAACCCACGCUAUAUCCAUCCUCUAGUAACCUCCACGCCCACUCCCACAACGCAAGUCGCCGUCGUAUGCCUAAGAGGCCCAGGACAACACCGAUACUCGGAGCCCUAAGGAGAUUCAUAUCUAUGGCUUGGUAUUGCUCAGGCUCAACCAAUACGGAGUUGAUCGAGAAUCUCUCCAAGACGGGACUAAUUAAAAAUGAAAGAGUGAAGAAGGCGAUGAUGGGGGUCGAUCGAGCCCAUUACGCGCCCUCGAGGCCCUACUCGGACUCACCACAGCCCAUAGGCCAUGGCGCCACAAUAUCAGCCCCCCACAUGCAUGGCCACGCUUGCGAGCACCUCAUUGAAUACCUCAAACCGGGCUCGCGCGUCCUGGACAUAGGUUCUGGCUCCGGAUAUCUAACACACGUCCUCGCCAACCUGGUGGCGGGGCCUUCGUCCCAGGACGGCACCAAUGGCCAGGUCGUUGGCCUAGAACACAUACCGGAACUGGUGGAUCUGGCUGCGAGUAAUAUGCGCAAGUCCGACCAAGGUCGAGAGUAUCUCGAUAGCGGCGUGGUCAAAUUUGUCACAGCCGAUGGGCGCCUGGGAUGGCAAGAAAGCGCCCCAUACGAUGCCAUCCACGUCGGCGCAGCGGCAGCGACUCUUCACCCCGUACUGGUCGAGCAGCUCCGUGCGCCGGGACGAAUGUUCAUCCCUGUAGACACGGAGAACGAUGGAGGCCUUCUUGGCAAUCUCGGCUCAAGUGGAGGCCAAUUUAUCUGGGUAGUGGACAAAAAGGCCGAUGGGUCGGUUCAUAAGGAAAAGGUGUUUCCCGUUAGCUACGUGCCAUUGACCGACCGUCCCCGGACAUGACCCCCCCCUCGCUCUGUCUUCUUUUGUUUGAUUGUACGCGUAUGGCAAGAAGGGGAGAAUGAACAAAACUACAGUUGAUCAUUUUACCUCAGGCAG